GAAGAACACAGCAGCGUGGCUUGGAACUAUACAGGCUUACAUGAACCACGUGACCACCCUGCCGGCGAGAUCAGAGAGUGUCGCAACUCUUCUCUCUCUAUGGCUCUGGCAGCAUCUUUAGACAGAUGAGGAAGCCGGAGCCAUUAGGUCAUAGGCCACGCCCACUGGAUACAAACGCAGCGCGGGAGUCAGAUGAGGUCAGGAACAUAUGGCCGUCCCGUUGCUAGAACACGGCAGCGCCAAACAUUUCACUGCUUCCUCAACUUGGGCCAAUACAGAGCUGGACUUGCUCAACGUCUGAAAAUCAAGUCUGGAUCAGUACCAACUCUCCUCGGCUCAGCUACAAACCUCGAAAAAACCCCCGACACCAUUUCAAUCAAGGUUGAAGAGGAUAUUGGUGGAGGCUUGCCCGCCUUAGAAGACUGCGAUGCCUUUGGAGACCGUAGCACUGAGCGCAACGCCACCUCAGAGAUUCUGGGUGUAGACGCACCUGGCUCCUCCCACAUGUCCAGCCACAGCGAGGAACUGAAGAUCCUGAGCGUCUACGGAAAAGGGGAGGGCCCACUGGCAGAGGACGGCCAUGACACCCUCUUCACCGCGUCAGAAGUGGAGGCCCUGAACUCGCUGUCUGCGGACCACAGCGCGGCCAAGAGCCAGGAGCGCGGCGAGCGGCUGGUCUGCCGUGAGGAGCUGAGUGUGCAGCAGCAGACCCCAGACACCAUAUCAAUCAAGGUUGAAGAGGAUAUUGGUGGAGGCUUGCCCGCCGUAGAAGACUGCGAUGCCUUCGGAGACCGUAGCACUCAGUGUGGCGCCACCUCAGAGAUUCUGGGUGUGGUCGCCCCUGGCUCCUCCCACAUGUCCAGUCACAGCGAGGAACUGCUGCAGACCCCAGACACCAUUUCAAUCAAGGUUGAAGAGGAUAUUGGUGGAGGCAUGCCCGCCGUCGGUUGGUAAUACACAUUGCAUCUAUGCAAGAAAACAACCUUGAUCAACUGAGAAUGUACUUGAUUCUGCCUUCUCAGCAGGAGCCAUCCAUCUUGACCAUCCAAAGGGCGACAAGGAAAAUGCAUAAUCAACAAAUAGAAAAGAAAAUGACAUCAGAGACUGCAGCACGCAGCGCAGCGCCACCUCGGAG